GUAAACAAACAUUCAACACGAGAAUCUUUACGUCAUGAUUGUAUUGUAUUUUAUUCCCCGUUUAUCCGAUAUUUCAUUGUUUGUAUGGUCUGAUUAGAGAAAUAUUUGGUUAGAUGAUAUUCUGGGUGAGAUAAGCAAGGAUUGUUAUUGAUUAUACAAGGAUUGUUAAUGGUGAUUAUCUAGAGAAACGAAGAAAAGAAAAUCGCACACAAUGAGCAGUGACGACCUUUUUGAUGCUGUUGACGCCCUUGAGCAACAGCAGUAUCAUGCUGGGGAGGAAGAAGGCUUAGAAGAGGGUCGUAAGAAGCACAUAAUGACAGGUGCUCUACUUGGAUGGCAGCAGGCAUGUCACAUCCAGCAGGAACUCUGUCGUAUCGAAGGACUUUUAGAAUCUCUGCUACUGAACUGCCAAUCAGACAUCAACCCCAAACUACAGAACCAAAUAGAAAAGCUCCUUGCGACCAUCAGGGAGAGUCCGAACUGGGACCCGGCAGAUGAGGAGACGAUGGAGGCCAAGCUCUCUGCUAUCCAUACCAAGAGUAGAUACAUCCUGCAGCGACUGAAAAUACCAGCCAAAGUUAUUGAUAGAAGUGUUGAUGGGGAUUUUUAAAGAGACGUAUUUCUGAGGGACUAAAACACAUCAGAAACAGAUUUUGCUCAGUAAAGGUAUUGGUUUUUAUUCAAACCUUUUUCUAGAUUUUCCAGUGAUUGGAAGGGAUGUGAUAUAAUGCCUAGUUCAAUGGAUAUUAGUACAGGUAAAUAUUCUUCUAUGGUUCUUGUUUUAUACCCCACAACUCAGUCUUUAAGAACUUCAUUUAUGUUUAGUGUUAUCUUGUUAACUCACUGGUGCCAGGUAAUCACAGCAUCUACUGUCUUUUUCUUCCACUAAUGUAGAAAAGGUAUGAAUGAGAAUGAAUAUCUUCACAUUACAGGAGAUGUAUUAGACUGGUUUUGAUUAUAUCUUUGUCAGAAAUCCAUGUAUUUCUGACAAAGAUAUAAUCGAAACCGGUCAAAUACAUUGUGAAGAUAUUCAUUCUCAUUCAUACCUUUUCUACAUUAGUGGAGCUUUCUAUUUCUCAACAUGAAUACGGUCCAUGGCUCCACAAGUGCUCAGCCACCAAGGAGCCAGUUAGUGAGCCUAUGUAUCCCCAGUUGAUUUUCUCUUUCCUUGAGAUAUCGAGAAGAAUAUAUAUUUUUUCAAUUGAUAUUGGUCUUGUUAUUAUUGUUGUUGGCAUUACAGUUAUUUGCUAUUGAAAUUAUUAUUUGUUAUUUGCAAUACUAACUGCAAUAACAAAUAAAAAAGAUUUUUCACAAAAAUCAAGGAAAAGGGUGAUCAUGUGAGCUAAGUAGGACUAGUAAGUGACUCCUUAGUAUUUAAGCAUUUGUGGAAACCUCUGUGUUUAAAGACAAUAAACAAAAAGACAUAGACAAGGUAUAUAUUCUUGCCACCCCAUCAACAGUGGAUUAAUGUCUUAUAUUCAGAUGACUUCCUGCAACAUUUCAGGCUGUGCAAUUCUCUUCAAAUAUUUUUCAGCUAAAAGUUGGUGGCUUUAGUUCAGCUAGAUAAGAGUGGACAUUAGUAUAUAAGGUCAUAGUUCACACAGAUUAUAAUUCACAGGCGAUUGUGAUUGAAAUAAUAACUGGAAUUGAACAACAUUUAGCCAGUUCUGUACAUAAAUGGUUUGCUAUGUCACAAGAUGUUAAUUUCUUCUUUGUGUACAUCAUUUAUU